AGAACCAUGGCAUUCCUCUGGCUUUUGUCUUGCAUUGCCCUCAUUGGGAGCACUUAUGGCUGUGGUAGCCCAGCCAUCAGUCCUGUACUUUCUGGAUAUGCUAGGAUUGUGAACGGUGAAAAUGCAGUGCCUGGAUCCUGGCCAUGGCAGGUGUCUUUGCAGGACAGCACCGGUUUCCACUUCUGUGGUGGCUCUGUGAUUAGUGACUUCUGGGUUGUCACUGCUGCACAUUGUGGUGUCACAACCGCCCAUCGAGUUAUUCUUGGUGAAUAUGAUCGUUCUUCUCCAGCUGAGCCUAUCCAGACCAAGACAAUUGCCAAGGUUUUCAGACACCCCAAUUACAACUCUUUUACCAUUGCCAAUGAUAUCACACUUUUGAAACUCUCCAGCCCUGCUUCCUUCAGCAACAUUGUGGCUCCUGUUUGCGUUGCUAGUUCUAGCGAUGCCUUCAAUGGUGGCGAGAGAUGUGUUACAACUGGAUGGGGCUACGUUGAUGCUGCCUCUAGGCUAACUCCAAACAAGUUGCAGCAGGUUGCUCUGCCUCUUCUUAGCAACACUGAAUGCCAGAGAUACUGGGGAAGCAAGAUCCUAAACACAAUGGUCUGUGCUGGUGCUUCUGGCGCCUCUUCCUGCAUGGGUGACUCUGGUGGACCACUUGUGUGCCAAAGAAAUGGAGCUUGGGUGUUGGCUGGUAUUGUGUCCUGGGGAAGUUCUACUUGCUCUCCAUCAUCUCCUGGAGUAUAUGCUCGUGUCUCAACUCUUAGAUCCUGGAUGGAUCAGACAAUUGCUGCCAACUAAAUACAUGCAUCCUUACUGACACAUUAAAAAAAUGAAAUAAACAAA